UCAGAAGUAACUAGUGCUAGACCCUAUGGCUAGACCUAGCUAACACACAACUGUAACAAGCAACAUUUGUGUAAAAUGAGCGAAAGAAACACCGAGAAUUUAGGGAACUGGAAUCUCGUGUUUUGUAAGGUUGUAAGUUCCCUUACGUUAGCUUAUAAUCAUAUCGAAUCGUAACCUGACUGGCCAACGUCAGCUGUCAAUACUGGUUGACAAUACAGUUUCUUGCUAGCAGUUUUUGGACAGGAGAAUUUGAAAACGCAUUUCUCUAGGCUUCUCUCGGUUAAAAGCAUGUCUCGGUUAAGCUUACAUUACAUCAGAUAUCAGCUCUAGAGCUGACCUAUACUUUACUCGGUUAUCAAACAAACGUAGUAACCUUAUGUUAAAAGUGAAUGGAGGAGCUUUCAUCACAAGUUGUCAGAGUAGCGCUUGGUCGCUAUGGACAGUUAGCUUUAGCUAACGUUAGCUAGCUACUCGGUACUGCCAAGGUCACGAUAAAUGAAACCAGGUGAUUGAAGCAUGCAGGUAUUAGGUUGUUGGGUGGCACUGAGCCAUCGUGCUCUGUCACGGUCGUGUGGGCGUGAGGGCAUGCCCCUUGCCCCAGCCUGCCACCUCGUAUCCUGCUGCAGGACCCUGUUCAGUGCGACUGGUGUCUGGGAGAGGGACUAUCGAGUAGAGACACGCCGCAAAGUGGAGCAGUGGUGGUACCCUCGUAUCAAGGAUCAGUGGCGUAGGGAUAUUCAGAAGGAGGAGAAUUCCCAGCGGAAGAAGUUCUAUGUGCUGUCCAUGUUCCCCUACCCAUCAGGCCGCCUGCACAUGGGCCAUGUACGUGUGUACACCAUCAGCGACGCCAUCGCCCACUUUCAAAGGAUGAGAGGGCACCAGGUGCUGAACCCUAUGGGUUGGGAUGCAUUUGGACUCCCCGCAGAGAAUGCAGCUAUUGAGCGAGAGCUAGACCCAGAGGAGUGGACCAAAAGUAAUAUCCAACUUAUGAGGGAGCAGUUGGAAAGCUUGGGUCUCUGUUUUAACUGGGACAGGGAAAUCACAACCUGCUUACCGGACUACUAUCAGUGGACCCAGUACCUCUUUGUGAAACUGUUUGAGGCAGGCUUGGCCUAUCAGAAAGAGGCGCAGGUGAACUGGGAUCCAGUGGAUCAGACUGUUCUGGCCGAUGAGCAGGUGGAUGAGAGUGGUCGGUCAUGGAGGUCCGGGGCGGUGGUGGAGCAGAAGAUGCUGAAGCAGUGGUUCAUUAGAACCACCAACUAUGCCAAGCCUCUCCUGGACUCUCUGGCCGACCUCCCUGAAUGGUAUGGAGUCAAAGCUAUGCAGGCCAACUGGAUCGGGGACUGCACCGGCUGCUACUUUGACUUCCUGUUAAAGGUGAACGGCCAGGAGACGGGAGAGACUUUGGCGGCCUACACAGCAGCCCCUGAGGCCGUGUACGGAGCUGCCUACCUCGCCAUCCUCCCCUCCCACCGUCUUCUGCGCGGCUCCAGCCCCAUCCGACCCUUUCUGGAGAAAGCUGUCCAGCCUGGGACAGACUGCCUGACCAGUGUCACUGCUCUCAACAUCUUCACCGGCCAGGAAGUCCCUGUGGUUGUCUCUGCCUGUACCGAGUUCCAGGGUCAUCUGGACACUGUAAUCGGUAUCCCUGACAACAGUGCGGAGGAAGCGUCAGUGGCGAUAGCCUUGGGUCUGAGCUGGGACACAGUCCUGGAGAGCCGACCAGAUGGGACACAGACACUGCUGAACUCUGGGGAGUUCUCCGGCCUAAGCAGACAGGAAGCCUUUGACUGCAUUACCCAGAAGGCCAGAGAGAGGAAAAUAGGUGGUCAUUUGACCAGUUCAAAGCUACGUGACUGGCUCAUUUCUAGGCAGCGCUACUGGGGCACACCCAUCCCCAUCGUGCACUGUGCCUCCUGUGGCCCAGUGGCCGUGCCAGAACAGGACCUCCCCGUCAUUCUGCCAAAGCUGCCGUCCCUCACAGGGAAGGGAAAGUCUCCUCUGGAGGCUGCGACCGACUGGAUCCACUGCUCCUGUCCCAGAUGCAAGGGCCCGGCGCGGAGAGAAACAGACACCAUGGACACGUUCGUGGACUCAGCCUGGUACUAUUUCAGAUACACGGAUCCACACAACACACUCAGGCCCUUUGACCGUGCUCAGGCUGAUUUCUGGAUGCCUGUGGAUGUGUACAUUGGCGGGAAGGAACAUGCAGUCAUGCACCUGUACUAUGCUCGCUUCCUCAGCCACUUCUGUCAUGACCAGAACCUGGUUUCACACAGGGAGCCGUUCCGGAAGCUGUUGGUCCAGGGUCUGAUUAAGGGUCAGACCUUUAGAGUGGCUGAGAGCGGUCAGUAUCUGAGGCGAGAGGAUAUUGAUUUUUCAGGGGAGGAGCCAGUGCAGGCAGGCAGUGGGAAGAAGCUGCAGGUGACCUGGGAAAAGAUGAGCAAAUCCAAACACAACGGGCUGGAUCCGCAGGAGGUGGUACAGCAGUACGGCAUUGACACUGUGCGCCUCUACAUCUUGUAUGCUGCACCCCCUGAACAGUCCAUCCUGUGGGACAUUAAGACGGAUGCACUCCCUGGCGUGCUGCGAUGGCAGUCUCGCUUGUGGGGCCUGGUGAGUAAGCUUAGGACGGCACGGCAGACGGGCCCCUCCCUCAACCCCGCCCUGCUCAGCAAGAAGGAGCGGGCAGCAGCCAGGAAGAUCUGGGAGUACAAGAACUACACAGUGGCUGAGGUGACGGAGCACUUCACGGAGGAUUUCCUGCUGAACGCAGCCAUCUCCCGGCUCAUGGGCCUGACCAACGCCCUCUCUAAUGCCUCCUCCCGAUUGGUGGAGCACAGCGUGGAGUUUGAGGAGGCUCUGUCUGUCCUGUGUGUGAUGACUGCACCUCUAGCUCCACACCUGGCCUCUGAGCUCUGGGCAGGUGUGUCCCAGGUGAGGAACAGUCUUUGCCCUAGUCGGGAGGGGGACGUCCUGCAGCAACCCUGGCCCAGUGUGGACCCAGAGUACCUACAGGCCCCUGACACUGUAGAGGUCACUGUGCGGAUCAAUAAUAAGGUGUGUGGGACGGUCACUGUUCCCCGGGAGGUUGCCCAGGACACAGAGGGGGUGAAGGAACUGGUCCUGCAGAGCCCGCUCGGCCUGCAGCUCCUUGGUCAGUGCACCAUCAGGAAGGCCAUCCUGUCACCAAGGACUGCCCUUAUUAACUUCUUGGUGGAGGACUGAAUUGGCUCAACUGCUGAUCAUUGGUUGAGCCGACUGUCCAUUAUGAAGAACACUGACUACAGGAACAGUGCCCAGGAACCUGGAUUAUUGCAUCACGUCCUGUCAUUGGCUGUCAUGUGGAUUCAUGGAAAAUCGUGUUUUUUUAUGCUUUUACAGCUGUGCCUCAUAAUAUUGCCUCCCAGGUCUCUAGGCUAGUCAGAUCGAGGUACAAGGGACUGGCUAAACAAAAAAAGACUUGAAAAGACUUGAAAAUGUAAAAAUGAAUUCAGACAGGUGACUGUAAGGCCUAGUCAAUGAAGCAUAAAAUUCCAAAGAAAAAGCAACUGGCAAGCUAGGAACCUACGGAGAAUUUACCGUGGUAAGAUUUGCACAGCAACCUUCUUAUGUACGGAUUUGAGAAGGAGCGAGAAUACAUGCACUGAAAGAAAUGGUGUGCUCUGCCAUCCAUCAGGGCUGAGACAGUGGGGUUAACGUUACGCCAGCGAUGGGCUCAACAGGAUGACAGUUUCUGGCCUCCCCUCAACCCUGUUCUGCAUUGCUGCUGUCUUCCUGCCAGGCUAUUUCUGUCUUUUCUGUUUUCCACUGCGGUGCAGAACUGCAUUUCUGAGGGCCUUGUUCCUUGUUCCUCAGUGAGGCCCCUGACAACUUCCCACCCACCCACCGUCACACACCCUUUCACUCUUUGCCCUGCUAGCUGAGAGUUACAGAAUACUUCGCUGUUUGUUGGAUUUUAGGGCAGAAUCAAAUUCUUUCUUCCUUAUGUAACUGAUUAAAACAGACUCACUUCACACCUUUAGCUUCAGCACAGCCAAGACUGCAGCAGCCCACUGCCUGAAUGAAUCAGACCGGCCUUAUUUGCAGCAGUCAUGCAGAGAACGUGGGGCUGCACUUGGACAUUGAGCUGUUGUGUAACAGGGUGGGGCCGAAUGGGGCCUGGUGGCUGGUGGCCUUCUAGAACGCCUUUGUGUUCUGCAUGAAUUCCAGACCUUGUCAGCAGUUCUUUUGGGACCUGGUCGAGGCCUGCACUAUAGGCCAGUUUGCCACUUUUCUUCUGCAGAGCUACAGCCAGACUGGCUUUGUUCGUAUUAGUUCAUCUUUAUCUGCUGCUAGUUGACUCAUGUCAGUUCAGUAAGGUCACUGGUGCUGGUACAUUUACGUAUUUGCUGGGAUUGAACUCUCAAACCACAUAAUUGUGUAUACUAGUGUCAUUACUAAAAAGUUUUAUAAGAAGGAGGGGAAAAGGAUUUACCUCACAUUUUGAAAUCCAACAAAUGAAGUCCAGGCACUUCUGAAGUUGUAUGAGUCCGAAGACAUGGAUUCCUUUAGUGUGUGGUUGUGCUACAGCUGCGGUUGUGGGCGAGGCCGUGGAAAAACCGUUCUGCUGUAACAGGUCAGCUGCCUCUUCAGCCACCUAAUGCCAGCCUGGUCCUAGUGUUGCAGGUUAAAGUGAGUGUGCUGCUCUUCUGUUGAGAUCCACAGCCAAUAAUUCAGAAGUGAUUGAGUUGCAAAGAUCAAGAAUAUAAAUGAAAUACCAUGUCUGCCUGUAAUGUCUGCCAUCACCAACACAGCUGUCAAGUGCGAGAAUCAUUCAUUUGAACGUUUUGCAAGUAAAAAAUUCUGGUAAAAAGC